GGCGCGUGAGGAGCACGUGAGCGCACGCGGAAGUGCAGACCGAUCAUGGCGCCGCACAAAUGUUUGUUUGGGAAAGUUUAGCCUCUGAAAACCUCCGAAAGCUUCACUUUUCCCAAGUCCACCGCGCCUCCCGCACCCCGCUCUCCAUCCACACGGCCCGGCAUGGAUCUGCACUGAGGCCCCGGGCUCUGAGGCGCUCCUGAAGCCGAGGAGAGGCUGCGGAAGGCGGACACCGAGCGGACAGAGCGGCCCUGAGUCACCCGCACCCGGCUCAGUCAUGGCGGCGGAGCGGGCGUCAGACUCGGCGCCGUUUCUCUCGGACGACAGCGAAUCGGAGGCGCAGGACGAGACGAGGGCGGAGCCUCAGGGCGAGUCUCUGAGCGGCGUGUCGUCACGGCGAUCGUUCAUCACCGUCCUCAUCCUCUGCUACAUCAACCUCCUCAACUACAUGGACCGGUUCACCGUGGCAGAACCACACCUGGUGUUUGGCGCCAUCACCUGUGUGACGGGCAUCGUGGGCGUGGCCAGCGGGGUCCAGGUGAGCCGCGCCCUGAGGAGCCGUACGCAGAGAGCCGACCCCCUGGUGUGUGCGGCAGGGCUGCUCCUGUCGGCGCCCUUCCUCUACCUCGCCAUCGUCACCGCCGAACUGUCCACCGUCGCCACCUACAUUUUCAUUUUCUUGGGAGAGACGUUUUUGUCCAUGAACUGGGCCAUCGUCGCUGACAUCCUACUGUACGUGGUCGUCCCGACUCGCAGGUCCACAGCUGAGGCUCUGCAGAUCGUCGUGUCUCACCUCCUUGGAGACGCAGGGAGCCCCUACCUCAUCGGAGUGGUGUCGGACUCUCUGAGGAGGGAGCAGUCGUUCUUGUGGCAGUUCCGUUCGCUGCAGCUCUCUCUUCUUCUCUGCUCCUUCGUCGCCGUCAUCGGAGGCGCGUUCUUUUUGGCCACGGCGCUUUUCAUCGAGACGGACCGGAAACGCGCCGAGAACUACGACCCCUCAGAUGAUGAACCCAUCGUCGUCCCGAAGAGCGGCCGGUCCACCAGAGUCCCAGUGUCCAGCGUCCUCAUCUGACCCCUGACCCCACCUGACCCGCGCCAAAGCUCUCGACAACUUUUACUCUUUUAAAUAACUCUGGACAUUUUAUUACUCAUUUUUAAUUCUUCGUUUAAGCAUCUGCGUGGGAAGGACAGUCGGUCGGAGGUGGAGACGUGACGUGGGCUGAUCCGGGACCAGCCCACAAAUCUUUUUUUUUUUUAAACACAUUUUCAUUGUUUUAAUUCAUAGAAAAUCUCCUAAUUUUUGCCAAGUUUUAACACAUUUUUGUUCUGUCUUUAAUCUGGUGUGAAGGGUUUGUCUCCCUCUGCUGGUGGAGUUUAUAAAUGAACAGUUCAUUAUAAUUAAAGCAUUAUUUUAUUGUUUUUUUUGUGUGAAAUAUUAAAGUUGAAUUUGUAUCA